CCCGGUCCGGUCCCCACCCCUCCGGAUCCUCGCCUCUCCGGCUCCCGCUUGCUCCCGUGAUGAAUUCAGUGCUGGGCAACCAGACCGACGUGGCCGGUCUCUUCCUGACCAACAGCAGCGAGGCGCUGGAGCGUGCCGUGCGCUGCUGCACCCAGGCGUCGGUGGUGACCGACGAUGGCUUCGCCGAGGGCGGCCCCGACGAACGUAGCCUGUACAUCAUGCGCGUGGUUCAGAUCGCAGUCAUGUGCGUCCUCUCGCUCACCGUGGUCUUCGGCAUCUUCUUCCUUGGCUGCAACCUGCUCAUCAAAUCCGAAGGCAUGAUCAACUUCCUGGUGAAAGACCGGAGGCCGUCUAAAGAGGUUGAGGCAGUGGUCGUGGGCCCCUACUGAGUAGCCUUCGGGUCCCGCACGGCUGGCGCUCCUGGCACCUCCGGUACUCCG